AUGAGAAAAUAAGCAGAAUAUGAACUUUAUAAACGUCUUAAAUUACUAGGAGAAGGAUCAUUUGGGAAGGCGUAUUUGGUAGAAUGCCUUUAGGAUAAGUAGAUUAUGCUUGUAAUUUUUAGGUCUUUGUGGGUCACCAAAUACAUGGAUUUAGCUGCAAUGACUCCUUAAGAGAAAGAUGAAACCUUGAGAGAAUCUAAAAUUCUUGAAUUUUUAUCUCAUCCAAAUAUUGUGAAGUUUAGAGAAGUUUAUAAAACAAAAAAAGGGAGAUUGUGCAUCGUUAUGGAGUAUGCUGAUGGUAUUUUUAACAUUAAUCAAAAGGUGGUGAUUUGUCAUAAAAAAUCAAAGAGGCUAAAGGCAAAUAACUUCCAGAAGCUCAAAUUUUAGAUUGGUUUACUCAAAUAUGUUUGGCUAUUAAACAUGUUCAUGAUAGGAAGAUUAUUCAUAGAGAUUUAAAAGGACAAAACAUAUUCCUAACGAAAGAAGGUCAAGUUAAAUUAGGAGAUUUUGGAAUUGCGAGAAUUUUGAAAAAAACAGUAGAAAAAGCUAAGACAAUGGUUGGGACACCUUAUUAUAUAAGUCCUGAAAUAAUAGAAGGCAAACCUUAUACAUUUAUGACUGACAUAUGGUCAUUAGGAGUAAUAUUAUACGAACUUUGUGCUUUAUAACCACCCUUCAAUGCUGAAUCACUUCAUUUUCUUGCUUUAAAUAUAGUUAAAGGAUAAUAUAAGCCUAUUCCUGCAAAUUACUCGAAAGAAUUGAAGUAGCUUGUCUAAUCGUUAUUGCAAGUAGAUUAUCGAAGAAGACCUACAAUAUAAGAAAUUUUAAGUAAUGAUCAAUUUCAUAUUAAUAGAAAUGCCAGUUAUUACAAAUAGAAUUAAAAGCUUUUUAAGUGAAACCAUAUAGAGAUAAGAAUUUUCACAUACUGUUUUCCAUAAUAAAGUUUUUGAAGUCAAAGGAAAUUUAAAUUAAGUUAAUCUGAUAUUAAAUGAAUAACCUUGUCCACCAUAAUUAUUAGAACAAAAUGCCAAGAAUUUAUAAGAGUUUCCAGAUAUAGUUAAAAAACCAUCUAUUCAAGAAUUUGAAGCUGUUAGACCACCUUAAUUAUCUAAAUAAUAAUAAUAACCAUCAUCUCGGUAAUCUGAUCCUUAAAAAGAAACACCAAAAAUAAUAUAAUAAGAAUAAUAAAGAUAGUAAGAUUAACAAAAAUAAAUUGAUGUUCCUAGAAAAAUAGAUCCAAUUACAAAAAAUUCACCUUUAUUGUAAAAAAAAGAUAUCUCUAAAGUAACACCACCAUAGAAGGAAAUUAAAAAGCAAUCACCUUAAUAAUAAUAUCCUUUAAGACCCAACAGUGAUUAAGAAAAAUAAUAAAGAAGUGAACCAUGCAAAUUUGAUGCCUAAGAUUAAAAAAAACAUUCAAACAGUAGCGAAUAACCAAAACAUUAAUAAAAAAUAGAUUAACCAAGGUUAAAUUUUAAUUAAAUUUCUUUAGACCUCCUACUGCUCCAAAAGAAAAACCAAAAAUUUAAGUAGCCCAAUAAAGACCUUAAAGUUCAAAGCCAUAAAUUUAAGAAUAAAAAGUAGUUUAAAAAGUGAAUAUUGAAAAGAAAAGGCCAAUAAGUGUGGAUAAAUCUCCAGUUAUCCAGCAAUAAUAAUAAAAAUAAUUACAAUUAGAAUAAUAGCGACAAGAAGACAGAAAUCGUUUGUUGAAAUUAAAAUAACAAUAGGAGUAAUAAGAAAAAGAAAGGAAAGAAAAGAGAGAGAAAGAAUUAUAAAUUUAAUAAGAGUAAUAGCUUGAAAGACAAAGAUAUUUUGAAAAAUAAUAACAGUUAGAAAAAUAAUAAUAAUUAGAAAAACAAAAAUAAUAAUAAUAAUAAUUAUUAGAAAAAUAAAAAGAAUAAGAUCGAAUCAAGUAAGAAGAGAAAUAAAAAAAUAUUUAAAAUUAAUAGGUUUCUAAAAUGGAUAUUAAUAGGAAUGAGUAAUAAAAAUAAAAUUUAGAAAGAUAACCAUCAUAAAAAUCAUCUCAAUUAGAAGGCAAAUAAAAUGAAUCUAAGUCUUAGUUGAAAUCAAAAGCUGAUUAACUAUAAAAGAUUGAAAAGAAUGGCAAAGAUUUUGCUUUGAUGCUAAAAGAAUUAGAAGGCUUGGUAUAUAUUAAAUUAAAUUAAGAUUAAUAAUGUUCAUAAUGCAAUUGAUAAAUUUCCAAGCUAAGGAGGAAAAGAAAAUUAUUUUGAUUUUAGUUCUAUAUAGACAUUGUAAUUAGAGGAUAGAGAGGAUGAUGAAGAUGAACCUAUAAAUUAAUUUGAUAGGAAACCAAAAUAUAUGAUAAAGUAAAUAUCAAAGGAAGAAGAGGAAUGUUUAGAAAUGUUAAAUAAAUAAGACUCCAAUAUAUCUACUCUAAAAAUCAAAUUAGAAAAUGCUCUUGGAACAGAAAAGAUGAACAAAGCAAAAAACAUUUUGAAAUAAACUGUAAUGUUAUUAUUUAUGAAUAGCUAGAGAAAAUGGAUUUAGAAACAAUGGAAAAAUAAUACGGACCUAAUUAUGAAAAAUUAUUACCAUUUUUAACUUUAGAAGAAAGAAAAAAAUAUGCACCCCUCUUAUUUACUUAUAUUAUAGCUGGAUGA